UGGAGAGACGCGAGCUAGCAGGUAACGUUAGCUAGCUAAACAUCAAAGAAUGAUGGCAUCCGCCGUGAUUGAUGUCUAUGUGGAUACCACGUAAAGAAAUCACGACACGGGCGGUACGGUCGGGGUAUUUCCGUGGUUCGCUAACGGUGCUUUGAAGGAUUGGCAUAAAACAUAGACGCGUGUAGUUAUGGCGACCGGGAGCGGCGACAGCGUCGGCGGCGGCUUAGCAUCAAACCAUGACGGUCAGGAGGCAACAUCCAACGCGGUUCCGUCUGUUCAGUCUGGAGCCGCAGCGGUGCUCUCCAACGUGCCAACCUCCGGCCCUGCCCGGUCCGCCUCCCCGCCUGUCCUCGGCCUUCACCGGGAACCCAUGUACAACUGGCAGGCGACGAAGAGCUCCCUGAAGGAGCGCUUCGCCUUCCUCUUCAACAACGAGCUGCUCAGCGACGUCAGGUUUAUAGUUGGAAAGGGCAGACAGGCCCAGAGGAUACCGGCCCAUAAAUUUGUCCUGGCAGCUGGCAGUGCCGUUUUUGAUGCUAUGUUCAACGGAGGGAUGGCCACAACCUCAGCUGAAAUAGAGCUGCCUGAUGUGGAACCGGCUGCCUUCCUCGCCCUGCUCAGGUUCUUGUAUUCUGACGAGGUCCACAUUGGUCCAGAGACUGUGAUGACGACUCUGUAUACUGCCAAGAAGUAUGCGGUGCCUGCUCUGGAGAGUCACUGCGUGGAGUUCCUGACCAAGCACCUCAGAGCGGACAACGCGUUCAUGCUCCUCACUCAGGCAAGGUUAUUUGAUGAGCCUCAACUUGCCAGUCUCUGCUUAGACACCAUAGACAAAAGCACUGCAGACGCAAUAAACGCAGAGGGCUUUACAGAUAUUGACCUUGAAACCUUAUGUGCAGUGCUGCAAAGAGACACACUCAGCAUCAGGGAGAACCGCUUAUUUGGGGCGGUGGUACGCUGGGCAGAGGCCGAGUGUUACAGACAACAGCUUCCCCAGACCUCGGAGAACAAACAGAAGGUUCUGGGGAAAGCCCUCCCGCUCAUCCGCUUCCCGCUUAUGACUGUUGAGGAGUUUGCUGCAGGGCCUGCCCAGUCUGGAAUAUUGUUCGAUCGGGAGGUGGUAAAUCUGUUUUUACACUUUACAGUAAACCCCAAACCACGGGUCGACUACAUCGACAGGCCCCGCUGCAGCCUCAGGGGGGAGGAGUGCAGCAUUAAUAGAUUCCAGCAGGUUGAGAGUCGAUGGGGGUACAGUGGUACCAGCGACAGAAUCAGAUUCAAUGUUAACAGAAGAAUAUGCAUAGUGGGCUUUGGUCUGUAUGGUUCAAUACACGGCCCCAAUGACUAUCAGGUCAACAUACAGAUUUUAGAGAGCGACAAACGCAUUACACUGGGGCAGAACGACACAGGUUUUAACUGUGACGGCACAGCCAACACUUUCAGAGUGAUGUUCAAAGAGCCUGUGGAAAUUCUACCCAGUGUCAGCUACACUGCAUGUGCCACCUUAAAGGGCCCAGACUCUCACUACGGCACAAAAGGGUUAAAGAAAGUGACCCAGGAAUCAGCAACGGGGACCAAGACGACCUUUUUCUUUUUUAGCUCACCAGGAAAUAAUAACGGCACAUCAUUGGAGGAUGGGCAAAUACCAGAGAUCAUCUACUACACCUAGACUUAACACGGUGUCAUGCACAUACACUGAGCCAGACUGCUGAGAAGACUGGACUGCUGGAGAUAAACGUAGUGCCUCAUGAUCCCUUGGAAUAAAGAAUGUGUGUGUAUGAGAGACAGAGAGCGAGAGUGUGUGUGUGUGUGUGUGUGUGUGUGUGUGUGUGUUUUGAGAGAGUGUGUGUAUGUGCGUAUUUGUCUAUAUAAUAGCGGUGUCCAGACAUGAUCAAGAAUGUGGAAACAAGCGGAGAUAUGGGGAAAAAGCUUUUGUGGCAUAAACUGUUUCAUCAUCUGUAAAUGAUCUAAAUACCGUUGUCCUGUCUGUGUGUUGUUAUCAGUUAGCUGCCAGUGCAGGAGUUCAUCCUGCACAAGGGGAACUAGUGAGAAUGCUACCGUGUCUUGGCUGGCACUAUCUCAUUCAGUCAUUUUCUCAGCUUUUGGUGUUGCAUUUACAGAAAGUAUAACAUUUGCAUUUUUUUUUAUUGUGCACUGUUAUCAUUUACUCAGCAGGUGUCUUGAAGUACUUUGUUUUUGCAUUGUAUCAAGGAUCCAUGUGUGUUGUGUAACUUCGCCAGUGGUACUGCACGUGCUGUAAGUUAUGACUACAUGUUUGCUUAGCACUUCAUUAAAAUGUAAAA